UAUUUUGAAUGAACAUGAAUAUUUUCAUGUCAUUCACUAAACAAUUAUCAACUUAAAAAUAUUCUUUUAAUAUUUUCAUCGAACGAUAUAUAUAUCCGUACGUAUUUCAGUAAUUCUAAAGCUGUAAUUUUGUAUAUUGCAUCGAAAAUGUACUUAUAUAAAACAUUUUAUGUACAAGCUUUUGCUUUUAGUAUUUUAAUAAGUGUACAGCAACAUUAUGUUUCUGCUUUCUCGACCGCAGAUCAAAUAAUUAGUAAUGGAUAUCCGGUAGAAACGUAUGAAGUGGAAACUAAAGACCAUUACAUGGUAGGUUUGGAACGAAUACCAUAUAGUAAAAAUGGAAAUAAAACGAUUGGCAAGCCUAUUAUUCUAUUGCACGGCUUGUACGGAACGUCAAUGUAUUACACACUUAACAAUAUAUCUCUCAGUUUCAUAUUAUCUGAUGCUGGUUUUGACGUUUGGCUUCUCAAUUUUCGCCUUGCUGGCAUUUCCAAAUAUAUCAAGAAUCCAAGAACCGGUCUGGUAACUCCAUUGAGAAAUAUGUCAUGGGAUUUUAGCUUCGAUGAAUUGGGAAUAUAUGAUACAACAGCUGGAAUUGAUUUUAUCUUAAACAAAACUGGAUAUUCUACACUACACAUGGGUGGUUAUUCUUUCGGAGCUACUAUAUGCCUAAUUGCGCUAGCCGAAAGGCCAGAAUAUAACAAAAAGAUUGACAAAUUAGUGUUGAUAGUGCCAACAGCAAGAAUGAAGUACUACGACCGAAGGCUUAUCAUCUUAAAGAUAUUUCCCUAUUUAUUCCAUAGACCUUUAAGAGGUAGAGGAUAUAUACCUAAGAUGAAACAUCCAGACGAUCAAUGGCUAGGACGUCAAUGUAAAGAAAAGAAGUACAUGAAAUUAUUUUGUCUUUAUAUAAUGACUCAAGUACAAGGCAAUCUUUUACCAAUUAAUUACAACACAAUUGAAAUCCUGAGAACAUAUCCUCAGCCAACAUCUGUUAAAGUUAUGACUCACUAUUACCAACUUGUCCUCCAAGAUUACUUCCGAAAGUAUGAUUAUGGAAAAAUUGGAAAUAUGCAGCAUUAUAACUCCAGUACUCCACCUGAUUAUGAUUUAUCUAAAGUGACAGCAGCAACAUAUGUUUAUCAAUCAAAGCAUGAUAUCAUUGCUCCACCCAAGGACGUAAAAUGGUUAGUGGAUCGACUGCCUAAUGUUAAGAAUGUCACAAUGGUGAAGAAAUUCAGUCACAUGGGGUUUGCUAUAAGUCCAUAUGCCAGACCUAUUAACCUUUUAAUAGUUAAACAUUUGCUGGAAGAAAAUUAAAUGUAUUACAAUUUUAAAAUUUAAAAUUAAUUAUUCAUUUUUGUAUUUAUAUUCAUAUAGUGACUCUUAAUUUUAUUAUUCACUGAAUAUAAAUUUUGUAUAAUAUAGUUCAGUUUGUA